AUGAAAAACUUUGACAUCCGAGAGAAUACUAUGAAGGAGGAAGGCACCGAACGCACCUCCAAUGGCGAAAUCGUUGUCGCGCCUCCCAACAGGCGUCAACAAGAUGAUGAGAAACCAUCAUUUGGGAGGUACACCUUUUCCAAAAUCUUGUCUCAACUAUGCUUUCGGCAUAGCAACCAUACAUGUACUUCCAGCUGCGAUGAACGGAUCCGUCAAGUGGCAACCCAAGCCAUUCUGUACUCCCUUGUCUACCUCAACACAUUCAUCUGGCCCAUUGUCAGUGGUGCACUGGGAAACAAGCCUUUCACUGGCUACACAACAUCAGAGAUCAUGACUGAGUUUGUGAGCCCGGCAUAUUUUGCGUUUCAUGUCUUUUUCUGGAUAUCAUAUCCCCUGCAGGGCUUUCUGGACUUUUUUGUGUACACACGAGUCAAGGUCCAAGAGUGGAAGCGAGUUGACAGCACUGUCUCAACUUUCUACAUCUACCGACUAGUUCUCUUUGGGGUUCCACUACCAGAAACCAAGCAACCUCCUAUUGACCUAGAUGGUUUCAACCCAAAUGCAUGUCGUCCUGAAAUGGAUGGAACCUCUUCCACCAAUGGAACGGAGGAUUGCGCUUGCAAAGGUUCGAGAGAGGGGCAUGCUUGGUUUGUUUCCUGCCGCCUGACGAUUUUCAGUUGGCCAGAUAUCGAGCAGCUCUAG